AUGAACCUUUUCACCGGACUUGCUGCACCGAUGAAAUCCCGAUCAAAAGCACCCUCUGUUGUGGAAAGUCCUCAUUCAAAGCGCCAGGAGCAGGUCGAUACAGUUGCCGCCACCCUCGAUCAACCGGAAAGGCGUGACUCUUCGUUUGCAGCACAGCUCCAACUGCGCGACAACUACCGCUGUGUGAUAACGGGCCAACUGAAUACCGAUCAAUGGGAACACGAAGGGGAACCAGGAAACGUUUCCCAUGGUCCGACUGAGGGGGCUCACAUCAUACCUUUUGCGUUUGCCUCUUGGCCAGGGGUGUCCGGAGCGCCAAGAGAUACAUCAAGCACCUGGACUUUACUGUACAAGUGUUUCCCUGCGCUACGUCGAGUACUUGCAGUGGAGGAGAUCAACACUCUUCGCAAUGGGAUCACUCUUCGAGACUCGGUACAUACCCAGUUUGGCAAAUUCACAAUUGCCUUGAAGCCUACUGACAUCGAAAAUGAGUACGAGGUGAAGACUUACAAGCGCUAUCCCCCGGCUGACAUCCCUGCCAUCCCCUCCGAUCGGCACGUCCGGCUUUUGCCAAAUACAGAACAUGAGAUUCCAUGCCCCGCAAUUCUGGAUGCGCAUUGGAGAAUGUGCGAAAUUUUCAAUGCAUCUGCUAUGGGAGACACCAUUGAACGGCAUCGUCGGGACUGGGAAGAGUUGAAAGGCUCUGGACGCGCUGUUGUCAGAGAGGACGGUACGACGGAUCUUGCUAGUCUGCUGGAUAUCGCGCUAUGGGGCCAAGUAUCCGCAUAA